AUGAAUCCUCAGGGCCAAAACAACACUGGCCCCGUGGGCAAUGGGUCCCAACGCUAUCAACCCGUGGCAUCUCAAAGCAAUGAUCCUCAAAAUACUGCUCUUCGCCCAGUUGACUCCCAGAGCAAUGGCCGUCAGAACAACGGCUCCACUGGUUCCGCACGUGCACAGCGCUCGGCCUUCAACAAUAGUCAGAUGCAUUACGAUCCUCGCACAUCUCACUACCAAAAAUCUGCAAGUGUCUCUAUUCGUGAUGGUAGCGGAAGAACCCUCAAUCUUCCAUAUCGGCCACGAAAUGACUCCAACGCCACAGCCGUCUCAAUGAACAGCAUGGACUUUAACCAAAAUCCAUACUCCAGCCCCUACAUGAUGGUACCCAGCUCUGGCGUUAUUGGAGCGGUUUCGCAAGGCCCCACUUUCGUAUCUACGCAGCGAGAUCAAAUGGCUCCAUUCCAGUAUUUCUAUCCGAACAUGCCUCCUCAAAUUGUACCAAGUGGUUACCCUCCCUGGCCCUACCUGGUUAACUAUGAUGCCCAGAACCGACAAGCAUGGGGCUCAGUCGAUGGUCAGAACGGAUCUCAAGCUGAAACUGGUCAUACUAUCUCAUACUACCCCCCAGGCUUCGCCCCUUCUGGUUCUGGGAUCCCUGGCUACCAGUAUGGGCCCGUGAUUUCAAAUCCCGCACAGGGCCCUCUGAACAACAUGCAGUUGAUGAGAACCAAGAAUGGUUAUGAGAUGACAAACUUGCUUGCUAUUGUCCAGCAAGAGCCAGCGAUUCCCCGUGCCGUGCCAGCGAUGUGGACUAACCCUUCUGAGAUGACACUUGCAAAAUGCCUCGAAAACCGGGAGGGCAUCACGAACGUUUACAUCCGAGGGUUUCUUCCCGAGACUACGGAUGAGCUACUGAGCUCAUAUGCCGCUCGUUUCGGUGAAAUUGAGCGCUGCAAGGCGAUCGUUGACUUAGAGACAGGUCUUUGCAAAGGCUUCGGGUUUGUCCAAUACCAUCAUUUAGAGUCCUGCGAAAACGCCGUUCGGGGUUUCUUCUGGCUUGGCUAUCAAGCAAGCUUUGCGCAGAAAUCUCGAAACUCUCGCCUGAAGGAUCUGGAAGAUCGGUCAUCUACAAAUCUAUACUGUACCAACCUCCCCAGCGGUUGGAUGGAAGCUGAUUUGCGUCGUCACUUCGAGCCUUACAAUGUGGUUUCAGAGAAGAUCAGCCGGGACGAUACCACAGGUAUGAGCAGGGAAGUGGGCUUUGCACGUUUUGAAAGUCGCGCAAUCGCCGAGAAAGUCUUGAGCGAGUUCCACAAUAUCCCCUCGGCAAGUGGUGUGAAGUUACUGUUGCGUUUUGCGGAUACCAAAGCUCAGAAGGUGCUGAAGCAGCAGAGCAAUGAUCGUCGUGCAUACCGUGCAGGCGAAUACAACUACUCUGUCGAGAUGUUCAAUGGAUCUACUCCAUCGCCUACACUGAAACGUACACAGAAUAGUGGCAACAUUAGCCACUUGACCCCCACGUCUGCGCUCAGCUUUAGCUCUCCAGCCGAAGUCGGCUCCAACUGGACACCGGCUAGUUCGAUGUCCUCUACUGGCGUCCUCAAGCGCGUUCCUACCAAUGUGCGCCCAGGAUUAUCAUCAUCCACUCGCAGCCUCAAUGGUCUUGAGAACACCCCUGUUCGCCGUCGCCCUUUCCUAGGCCGCCGUUCGUUGACUGAUGUUUCUGGUCUUUCUUCCAAGACAGUGGUGCCCUCAUCUUCAGGCGCGAAGCCUCUGUCAUACAAGUCGAGUUCUCAGAAAGAAAACAUCAAAGCCGGGUCAAUCUCACCGUCUCCAUCGUUUAUGGAAUCGGACGUGGAAUACCGGGAAUCUGACAUGGAAUCAGAAAUGGAAUGCCCCAUUUCUUCUGCGCGUUCCUGCACUUAA